GCCUCUGCAGCUUUGCCAAAGUUCUGUCAGAGUUCUCAGGGCAGGCAGGAGACCAGGAUGUGACUUCAGCAAUCCAAGUUAGACUUUGCCUGACUCAAAGAAUGCCAGAAAGCAGAUCCUUUGGGGUGCGGCUCCAUGACUCAGCACUUAUCCAGGCCUGCCCCUCCCUUCCUUUUGCUGACGUCGCCUCUCCAUUCUCCGGAAGCGUGGAUCUAUCCACUGCAUCGUUUCGUCCCCAGCUGCCGGUAAUUCCAGCUCGUGGCUGGCUUCAGGCACAUAUGGUAUGGCUGGCUUCAGGCGCAUAUGCUAUCGGGGGGAGGUUUGUUUGCUUGGUUUGUCCGGACAUGGUGCCAGGGCUGGGGGCUGGAGGCAUGGCAGGACAUUCUUCUGCACUAUCAGUCUCUGGCUGAGAUAGCAGGAGAUGAGAGGGGCCCGGCGGGGGCGAGCGAGGCACAACAGUAAGCCAGCUCCUUGGUGACACCUUCCCAUGAAAAAUAUGGCUCUGCCACAACUUCUGGAUACAAACGGACAGUGACAUGAAGAAUUUAAGGCAAGGCAUGAUUUUCCACUCUUUUUCCAGUGAUGAAUUCAAAAACAGGAGUGUCCUAUGAAGCAUCUUACAGCCGUGGAUGCAAGUAAAUCAUACCUGUAUUCCGCAGAGCGGUAGCUUGUUUUCCUGGCUAUUCCUUCAAUUAAAGACAAGUAACUUCGUAAUAAGUAAUUGGUUGUGGUGUGCCAGCCAGAGUCGCUGGGAGUUGGCAGGAAACAAAUGUAAUAAUAAAUACAAUUUCUCAAAAGAUCUAAAGGUGGGUGUUGCCCGUUCCUUAUAAUGUUACCUCCCACAAGUGAAAAGAGGCAUAUGAAACAAACAUUUGAGCAAGUUGGAAGCAGAAGCUGCAGGUCCUCGAAGAAGAUGGUAGAGCCAGUUGAUUUCUGCGUUUUCAGCGUUCUGGUGACAGGAUCGGAUCGGGGGAUCGGUCUGGGUCUGGUGAAGAGGUUUCUGGAGCUGCCUUCUCCACCCAAAUGGGUCUUUGCUACCACCCUUGACCUGGAAGGAAAAGAAACCAAGGAGCUAAGAGAGUUGGUUUGCAAACAUCCAAAUCUAGUGGUAUUGGAAUUAGAUGUUACUAAACUUGAAAGCAUCCAAGCUGCUCAGAAAGAAGUGCAGAAAUGUGUCGGAGAAGGUGGCCUGACCAUCCUAUACAACAAUGCCGGCGUUUGGGUCUUCAACACACUUGAAGCAGAAAAUGCCAAGGAUAUGAUGAAUGUUUACUCUGUCAAUACCAUUGGGCCACUACAAAUGAGUCAGGCAUUCCUACCCCUGCUGAAGAAAGCAGCCCGGAGAAGCCCAUGUCAAGGGCUGAGCAGUAGCAAGGCGGCCAUCAUCAAUAUGUCUAGCAUUGUAGGCUCAAUUGAACGUAUAGAUUCUUGGGACCCAGUUGAAGUAAUUGGAUACUGCUGUGCUAAGGCUGCUCUAAACAUGCUGACCAAGUGUCAGUCCCUUGGAUAUUCAGCCGAUGGCAUCAUGAGUGUCGCCAUGCACCCUGGAAUAGUUAAUACUACUAACAACCCAACUCCAGAAAUCAGCGUGGAAGAGAGCACCCAAGGCAUCAUAACUGUGUUGUCCAAGCUUUGUGAAGAGGACAAUGGGACCUUUGUGGAUUAUUUGGGUCGACGACUUCCCUGGUGAUCCACCUUAAUGUCAUUGUCUCAUAAUAAAGUAAUGUGAGAGGAUGAGGAAUUGAAUCUUACAUCAAGCCUGUACCAUAAUCAAUUAGUUUCAAACAUUUUUUUCAGAACAUAUUCCUCAAACAUAUCCCGAUAAACAUAUGCAAAUACAUACACACGCAUGCAAAAGUAGAGAAAAAAAUCAAGUAAAAUUGAAAAGAAAGAUCAUUAAAGAAAGAAGAAUCCAAAAAAAAAUAAACAACUUCCAAACGUCUUUUCAACAAUUAUAAAGAAACUCAUUGUCCCUCUUUCCUCUUCAAUAUUACAAAAUCCCUUAUUCCAUUCUUUUUUUAGUCAUCAAAUCCAGAAUUCAUUUUUAAUUCAUUUUUUUGCCAUUUCCAUCAAAAAUGUCCACAAGGUUUCCAUUCUUUUAUUAAAAAAUUACUUAUUGUUUUGUCCUUAUCCAGACAGGUGAGUUUUUCCAUUUCUGCCAUACUUGCCAUUUUUCACACUCCAUUCCUCUAUCGUGGGUGUUUCAAUAUUCCUCCAUCAUUGUGCACGUUACAUUCCUGGCAAAGCCAUGUAUAUCCUGCCCCUGAAAUGGCUAUGAGAGUAAUAAUUGGUCACUCCUUCCAGGUAGAAACAAGGAAUGUCAUUUGAACUUUGCAUCUGGUCGUUGUCUUAAGGGCCCCUCUAGGCUGGGUGUCUCAGGAAAGAAAAUAUGCAAACCCAGAGUUCUUUUGAGGACACCAAACUACAGUUGAGGUAGCGAAAUGAUUUUUCCUGGACAUCCAGAGCUUUUAAAACCUGCCAAAAACUGCUGUCUUAUGGUCUCCUUAUGGGGAGCCGCUGUAUGGAGCAUUUUGGGGCAACCCAUGGUCCUGUCUUUUAGAUAUUGACAGUUGGUAAGGUUUUCUGUCAGGUCCGGUGUUUGAGCGGGAAGAAUACUCAAAUGCAAUUGGCUGAGAUUAGACGAUGGGCAACAAUGGAGGCGGCACAUAGGUCAAAUCCGCUGAGCUUGUCAAUAGAAAGGUCGGCAGUUCAGCGGUUCGAAUCCCUAGUGCCGCGUAACAGGAUGAGCUUGUCCCAGCUUCUGCCAACCUAGCAGUUCGAAAGCAGGUAAAAAAGGCAAGUAGAAAAAUAGGGACCACCUUUGGUGGGAAGGUAACAGCGUUCCAUGCGACUUUGGCGUUGAGUCAUGCUGGCCACAUGACCACGGAGACGUCUUUGGACAGCGCUGGCUCUUCGGCUUUGAAAUGGAGAUGAGCACUGCCCCCUAGAGUCGGGAAUGACUAGCACAUAUCUGCGAGGGGAACCGUUACCUUUUAAAGUUUUCUGUCAGGUCCGGUGUUUGAGAGGGAAGAAUACUCAAACGUGAUUGGCUGAGCACCAUGACAGUUCCCUAUAUAAGGGCGAGUUGUCAAAGAGACUACCUGCUGGAUUGUACACAGUUGCCAAAUAAAGAGCUGUUGUCUGAAGCCUGUUUCCAGUCUCCUCAUUCACCCAACUUAACACUGUCCUUGCUCCAGAGAGAAAUUCUGAGGAAUUUAUCGAUUCGCCAGCUCCUCUUUCCAUGCAGGCAUCAGCUAUGCCUUCAAUUUGCCAUUAAAGACCUUGGAGUUUUCAUGUCAAAUGAUCUAAGUGCCAAAGCCCACUGCAACUACAUAGCAAAAAAAGCUCUAAGAGUUGUAAACCUAAUUUUGCGUAGCUUCUUUUCCAAAAACACCACACUACUAACCAGAGCAUAUAAAACAUUUGCUAGACCAAUUCUAGAAUACAGCUCACCUGUUUGGAACCCUCACCACAUCUCUGACAUCAAUACAAUUGAACGUGUCCAGAAAUAUUUUACAAGAAGAGUUCUCCAUUCCUCUGAAAACAACAAAAUACCUUAUCCCACCAGACUUGAAAUCCUAGGCUUAGAAAACUUGGAACUCCGUCGCCUUCGACAAGACCUAAGUUUAACUCACAGAAUCAUCUAUUGUAAUGUCCUUCCUGUCAAAGACUACUUCAGCUUUAAUUGCAAUAAUACAAGAGCAACCAAUAGAUUUAAACUUAAUGUUAACCGCUUUAAUCUAGAUUGCAGAAAAUAUGACUUCUGCAACAGAAUCAUCAGUGCUUGGAAUACUUUACCUGACUCUGUGGUCUCUUCCCAUAAUCCUAAAAGCUUUAACCAAAAACUUUCUACUAUUGACCUCACCCCAUUCCUAAGAGGACCAUAAGGGGCGUGCAUAAGCGCACAAACGUGCCUACCGUUCCUGUCCUAUUGUUUUUCUUUUCUUCUUCCUAUAUAUGUUUAUAUGUUUAUAUACUAUAUAAUCUUUUUGUAUGAUGUUGU